CUGAAGCCUAGGAGAGACUGUGUGACCACACCCUAGUCGCAGUGCCAACCUCGACUCGGAAUCUUCGCGUCGUCCAAGAAGCGAAUGCCAGGGAGGACUGGCCGUAAGAAGUCCACGAGGAGUUCGUUCACGACUGAUGAAGACAGUCUCCUCGUGAAAUACAUCGCCAAGUACGGGCUCAUCUACUCCGCGACGGGGCAGAAGCUCUAUGACAUAUUAGUGAUGGACAAGGACUCACUCUGGCCAUGGUCGGCUGAGCAUCCCCCUAGCUCCUGGAGACAACGCUACAUCACAUAUCGUCAUGAGUGGUUCGAUGAGAGAAUCGGUAACUAUCGGAAGGAAGAGGGUUUCACCGAAGCUUCCGUUGCUGAAUCUCUCGGUCUUAUUGCCCCUUCGAGGUCUGAAGGAACUCCCGAGAUCCAGGCAGCGCAGGAGGAGGGCGCGAACACGAUUGGGAAGAGAAAGAGGGAUGCUGGCGAAGGAGAUGAUCAGAGUAAACGGGCGCGAGUGGAGGGCCUGACCGGAGGUGAGAGUUCGAGCCAGAAAACGUGGACGGAAUUUUCGGAAGCCGAGAAGAAACAUUUAGUGAGAUAUCUUGCUGAGCAUUCACUGAGUAAGAAAGGUCGAAGUGGAAACACACUGUAUAAAGGUCUCGUCGGUGAUCCAGCGACUCAGUGGUGGUCUUUCAAUCACCCAUGGGCGUCUUGGCAGAAUCAGUAUACAAAAAACCCCGUUUCCUACGAUAAUCGUAUUCUGAACUACCAGAAGCGGAUAAAGGCCAAAGCAGCGCCGAGGGUCAAAGGUCCGCAUCCCGCUUCUGUUGAAGAAGAUGACACGGAACAGGGCGAGAUAGAAAAGAUUGUGGAGGCAGAUAGAAAAGAUGAAGCAAAAGAGAACGAGGAGGAGCGAGACCAAGCCCAAGAACUACAACAGCAAGUUGGCAAGGAGCAAUUGCCUGUCGAGGUUCCGCGACCAGAGGACGACGCCGCCGAACCCGUGCAAGACGAUACAGAAGAAGCACCCGUUCAAGAGCUCCAGAACCCCGUCGCGUCUACUUCCCAUACUGCACACUCUGAUCGACAUCCUUCAUCCGUCGUCGCCUCUCCCCAAGCCAAACGCAAGAAGCCCCCUCCAUCGACAAGUGCCAUAGCAGGACCCGGUCCGAGCACGCAACUAUCUAGGAAUCGCGCUAGUGAGGAAAACGCACCUCCUCUUCAACCACCGAAAGCGACACAGCCUCAUCAGCGUGCCGUGGGCCAGGGUGUGGUAAAGGGUAACCCAAAAUUGUCCGCGGACGCCUCAUCGAAGCAGCAUACGGAUGAGCCAAAGAAGGGAAGGGGGAAGGACGUAGCGAAGAAAGUGGUUGGGAAGAAACGGUCUUACCCGACCUCAAGUACCGAUGAGGACGAGCCUGCUGCAACCUGGAUAACGAAGGAUGUGAUGAAUCCUGAUCGCCAUCGCCGUAUGCAAGAGGUGGAAAGGCUGUUGUGUUCUGGGCCUAGCAAAGUCGGCUCGAACGAUAGGCCUACUCAAUCCGACCGUACUUCUGCGACUUCCAACCCUUCUUCCGCCGGAAAUCGCCCUGCCUCACUCUCAUCCCAGCCCAAGCUUGCCCAUCCACCUCAUCUUCAGGUAUCACAGGAACCUACACCCCCACAAUCUGGCGCUAGCGAUAUCUCGCGCGUCGUCACCCCUGGUCCAGGAACUGAGCGUGCGGUUGAGCCGGCUGAUCGUUUCUCAAGCCCUUCGACUGUUGUUCCGGAGGACGACGCAAGACCCGAACCUCCAUCGGGCGAAGUUACGGCUCCGAAGCCUCUCGUCAAACGUCGAAGAAUGCUCAAGAAGAAGAAGGCCAGUGCUGGCAGCGAUAUGUUCGUAUCCUCUGACGAAGGCGAGAAGGACGCCACUCUUUCGCAGCCGGUUCAAGCAUCCGUCCCCGAGUUGGUACCACCAUCGACCACACCAUCUUUACCGCCUCGCCGCGAGGAAGGUCCAUAUAUCAGUGCUCUCUCUGGCCACGCAGGUGAACCGAGGCUUUCGCCUGGUGGACGGCGACUGAGCGGAGUCGCUGAGGAUGAGCAACCAAAGAGUUUGGAGGAAAUUUCUUGGUCACCAAAGCGUCAGGACGAAGCGCGUCUAUCUCAAGCGUCUCAAGACAGCACGAAAUCGAAGCCAAAACCUGGGGCGACCGCAAGAGUCACUACUACUGCGAAUGUGGCCUCUACCAAGUCAAGCGCUGGAAAGCCAUUGGUAGCGGAGUCGAAGAAGCCUGCUUUACACUUCCCGGAGCCGUACAAAUUGCAGGAUGAUUGGGCGUCUGCGACAAGUACCAACGUCUCGCCCACACCUGCUCCUCGUCAUCAAACCCAUGGGCAGCAGCAGCAAGUCGCUCAUUCGCUGGCUGAAGAAGAGACUAGGGUUCCCCGUUCUGCGUUGGAGAGGUUCAAGGCGGAUCGCGUGGCGUCAGAGAAGCAAAAAGAGAGCCCGCCUCCAUUGGUCUCAAAGAAACCGCCUCAGGAGAACGCAGUGGCUUCGUCUUCUAGAGUUCAGCUGCCACCGUCGAGACGGUCUGAUCCAGUCCCUAGGACUGAAAGCUUCAUGGACGAGCCGACCGACCUUAUUCCUCAAUCUAUCAGUUCUCCUGUUCGACCUCUCCCCGCAGCGGAAUCGUCUCCGCACAAGGUUUCAUCUACCCCAGGACAGAGCAUACACACUUCGAAAACUGUUCGUAUAUCACCAGAUUCUCAUUCGGAUGAACGGGGCCGUCGACAAUCGCGUGGUGCCAAUACAGGAAGCAGAACAUCGGGCGUAGUUCCAUUCGAUUUCAGUACAUACCGCAGUGGUUCUCGUGCCAGCCUGAGACCAGGACAAAGCAGACUUCGACAGUCACUUUCUAUCACAGAUCUUACCGAGGACACCAAAGUAAAUUCGACAGACCGCCUUUCUUCGCCUGGUCUUUCCAAUCAAUCUCGCAGUCCUCCCAGGGACCUCAGACGCUCGAGCCAUGCCUUUACUCCUAUACAUACUCCUCGUGCACAGUCCCUAGUGCACACCCAUCGUCGUCGUGCGACUUCUUCCCUCUCUCAUGCCAUGUCCGGCCGGUCAUCACCACUGCAGCCGGACCCCCGUCGUGAGUCGAUAGGCCUCAAUCACGGUAUACAAACUCCGUCCCCUCCUCCUCUCCCUAUCCAAGAACGCACUUUCAUCCACAACUUCGGCUUCCAGAAGAUCAUGGAACAGCUGGUCAAGGACUCCGGGUUCUCUCCGGAGACGGUGUUCGCCGUGCUUGAGCAGACGAAAAGCUUGGAGGAAACCGAUCGGAGGUUGACGGAUGCGAAAACGGCCGCUCUGAAGGUUUUGCUUGCUGAAAAGGCUGCUAGAGAGGCCGACGCUGAUACCGAAGAGGAGGAAGGAGAGAGCGGCCAAGAAGAAGAUGAUGAGAGACCCGGGUCCGACGACGAAUUUGCCGAGUUGGUCAGAGAAGCUCGAGGUAUUCCCCUAGGUGUCAACGACAGCAGUACACCUGGACGUUUUCCCCCUACCACUCCCGCAUCCCAAGGAUCUUCUACUGGUUCGACGGUGAACCCUUCACCUCAACCCGUGUUUACGCCAGCUGGGAGGCGCGCACAAGAAUUUGUGGAACUGGUAUUGAAGGGUCGGAUACAAGACGCGAAAGAAAGGGAGGUGAGGCGGAGCAGCCAUGGUCUGAUUCGGGACGAUUCGGUGAACGCUGAGGAGUCGUUCAGGGAUGACGGUGAGAUAGGACAGGACGAUGUAGAAACCGAGACAUACACCGACGAAGAGCAAUCUGAAGAGGUUGGAGAGGAAAAAGAAGAAGAAGAUCGAGGCGGGUCAGAAGAUGGAGAAGUUAGGGAGAGCUCGCCGAUUUCCGAACUUGCAGUGGAGGACGAUUUGACUCGGUGCGUAUCUGCCGACGCGAGUCAAGAGCGUGAUGUGGAAGAUACUGUGGCACUACCGACCGACUCGGAUAGUCCUGAUAACGACGACGAAGAGGAGGAGAAUGACUUGAUUCGUCCGGAGGACUGCGAAUAUCAUCCAGUACAGCCAGAAUCACAGUCAACGGACGAAGAGCAAGAGGAGGACGAGCAGGAUGAAGAGGAGCUGGAUGAUGAUGAGCACAGCGGGUCGGAGUUGGCUGAGGAAGGACAAGAUGAGCAGAAUAAGGCAGAACGGGAUGACGAGCAGGAAGAGGAAGAACGACUCCAAGUCCAUGUUGGUGCGCAGGACGAGGAAGAGGACGAUCAGGAGGCAGAGGCAGAGGAAGAGGCCGAUAAGACCGAUCAGGAGGCAGAGGAAGAGGAAGAGGUCGAAGACGAGAUAGAGGUCGAGGAACAGGUCGAUGAAGAAGAGGUUGAGGAACAGGAUGAAACGCACGACGAGAGAUCGGACGAGGAACCGCAGGACGACACUGAAGACAGCGAAGUAGAACAGAACCCAUCUGGGGAAAGCGAUACAGAGGAGAACGAUGUUCAACUGGUGGAUGAAGAGAAUGGGUCUGACGAUGCGGGUUCCUUUGAGGAGGAGGAUUCGCAAGACGCAGAGAGCGAUGGAUCAGAGGAACAGGAAGGUGAGGAAGGUGAAUACCUUCCUCGCCUCACCGAAGCUCCUUCACCUCCACUCAGUCCGCGCACUCUCAACCGGAGGAGACGCAAGGCCGAGAUGGACGAAUAUAUCAGGGCACGGGUAAACCACGACGAAGAAUUGGCCAACGCUCUUGAUGCUGGUGAACCACAAUUCUUGUGGGCGAUUAGCAAGAGACUCCGCAGCAAGUUUCUUGUACCGGAAGACCAAUAGCGUCUCCUUAUAGGCACUCGCUGUUCAGGAUACAUUUUUUGUCUUACACUAAUGGAAUAUAUAUUGUAAAAACUUGAAUUUUAC